AUGGAUGAGGUACAGGGGAAGAAGGAUUACGUAGACCCGCCACCAGCUCCCUUGUUGGACUUGGAAGAACUUAAGAGCUGGUCUUUUCACAGAGCUGUCCUUACCGAGUUCGUUGCUACUCUUUUAUUUCUUUACGUGGUAGUUGCCAUUGUUAUCGGUCACCAAAGGCAACCUGCUUGUCAGGGUGUUGGUCCCCUUGGUAUUGCUUGGGCUGUCGGCGGCAUGAUCUUCGUUCUCGUCUACUGCACUGCCGGAAUCUCUGGUGGUCAUAUUAAUCCGGCGGUAACGUUGGGGUUGUUCGUGGCUCGGAAAGUUUCAUUGGUUCGAGCGGUGGCCUACAUUGUGGCUCAGUGUUUGGGAGCUAUUUUUGGCGUAGGUUUAGCAAAGUCCGUCAUGAAGCACUACUAUAAUACACUAGGAGGUGGUACAAACAUCGUGGUUGCUGGGAACUCUAAAGGUGCCGCUUUGGGAGCUGAGAUCAUCGGCACCUUCAUCCUCGUCUACACCGUUUUCUCUGCCACUGAUCCCAAAAGAAAUGCACGCGAUUCCCAUGUCCCCGUGUUGGCGCCCUUGCCAAUAGGAUUUGCUGUGUUUGUGGUGCACCUGGCCACCAUUCCCAUCACCGGCACUGGCAUUAACCCGGCUAGGAGUCUCGGUGCUGCUGUCAUCUACAACAAUGGACAAGUGUGGGAUGAUCAGUGGAUAUUUUGGAUUGGCCCUUUCAUUGGAGCGGUGAUGGCAGCGGCGUAUCAUCAAUACGUACUGAGAGCUGAGGCUAUGAAAGCUUUAAAAUCCUUCCACAGCAACUCUACAAGUUAA